UGGGCGUGGCCGAGACGACGUGAUUACGACAGACGAGCUCUUCCUGCCAUUGACACGGCCGAGAGUGAGACAAUCAAAUCCACACAUUGACCUCAGUUUUAUAAACCAUAAGCAAUCGAUCUAAUUCAAGAUGUUCUACACUUGUGGUCCCAAUGAGGCGAUGGUGGUCUCAGGUUGUGGUCGAUCUCCUCCACUAUUGAUUGCAGGAGGAAGAGUGUUUGUUCUUCCCUGCAUUCAGCAAAUCCAGCGGAUAUCUCUCAAUACUCUGACACUGAAUGUGAAGAGUGAUAAGGUGUACACCAGACAUGGAGUCCCUGUUUCUGUGACAGGCAUUGCCCAGGUGAAGAUCCAGGGGCAGAAUAAAGAAAUGCUGGCCACAGCCUGUCAGAUGUUUAUGGGAAAGUCUGAGACUGAGAUCGCUGAGAUUGCCUUGGAGACACUCGAGGGACACCAGAGAGCCAUUAUUGCUCACCUGACUGUGGAGGAGAUCUAUCAGGACCGUAAAAAGUUUUCAGAGCAAGUAUUUAAGGUAGCCUCCUCUGACCUGGUCAAUAUGGGGAUUGGUGUUGUCAGCUAUACACUCAAAGAUGUUCAUGACGAUCAGGAUUAUCUAACCUCACUGGGUAAAGCUCGUACUGCUCAAGUGCAAAGAGAUGCUCGUAUCGGUGAAGCUCAGUUCAAGAGAGAUGCUGUCAUCAAGGAGGCUCAUGCCAUGCAGGAGAAGGUCUCUGCUCAAUAUAAAAAUGAGAUUGAGAUGGCUAAAGCCCAGAGAGAUUAUGAGCUGAAGAAAGCUGCCUAUGACAUUGAGGUCAACACUAAGAAGGCGGAGUCUGAAAUGGCCUAUCAGCUUCAGGUGGCAAAGACAAAGCAGCGUAUUGAGGAGGAGAAGAUGCAGGUUCAGGUUGUGGAGCGCACGCAGCAGAUCACACUACAAGAGCAGGAAAUCACUCGCAGGGAGAAGGAGCUGGAGGCUAAAGUCAGGAAACCAGCUGACGCUGAGAGAUACCGUAUUGAGAAGAUCGCAGAAGCAGAACGACUUCAGUUGAUCAUGGAGGCAGAGGCUGAGGCAGAGUCCAUCAGAAUGAGGGGUGAGGCUGAGGCCUUUGCAAUGGAGGCAAAGGGUCGUGCUGAGGCUGAGCAGAUGUCCAAAAAGGCUGAAGCUUUUAAACAAUACAAAGAGGGAGCCAUGGUGGACAUGCUGCUUGAGAAACUCCCACUGAUGGCAGAAGAGAUCAGCAAGCCACUCUGCGCUGUCCAGAAGGUUACCAUGGUGUCCAGUGGAGGAUCAGAGGUUGGUGUUGCUAAACUGACAGGAGAAGUUCUGGAAAUCAUGACUCGCCUGCCGGCCACAGUGGAGAAACUGACUGGAAUCAACAUCUCACAGGUUUCCUCAACCCGCAUGGGCUAAUGGAGUUCAUGGAGAAGGAAUCAGGCCUAAUACACUCUGAUGUUGGAUCUCAGCUCUUCCUGUCUGUGUGUGCAUGGAUGCAUGCCUGUGUUUGUACUAAAUCUGAAACAUUGAGGUCAAUGUAGUUUUUAUUUUUAUUUUUGUAAUCCACCAUGUUAUAACAUUAGAUUUUUUUAUAUUCUGUUUUGUGAAUUACAGUUUAUUACAUCAUCAUAUAAUAUUUGUUUUAAGUUAAUUGAAGUAAUUUGUAUGCUUUAGAGCUUCUAUCAGUGAAUAUUCAGGGAAGCAGGGGUAUAGAUUAUCUCACAACAAUCUCAGUCUUUCAUUUUUGAAUAGUUUCUAUAUUUCUCUCUGUUUGGUUAGAGCCGCACCUGCUGAUUCUGGUUCAGUUUCUUCCAAAAAAAAACAAGGUGCAUUUAUGACCAAUGCAUGUAAAUAAGUGCAUUACUGAAACCUUAGUCUGCAUGCAUGCUGCCUUAAAUAUCCAGAUAAGCCAAAACCGAACACUGUAAUGUAACUCAUUAUUCUUGCCAUUUUUAACCUCUCUGUGACUCUUUAAUGUAGCUGCUUUGAAAUUCUCUCUCAGAAUAUGUUGUGAGAGAAUAUAUAAUUUGAAAUUCGUGAAUACUCUACCUUUUUCUUUUUAUAUUGGUAAAUUGUAUGGAAUAUAUUAAGUUUCAGAUACUCUUCAGACAGGUCUCUCUGUGCUGAGUUCUGUCUGUUCUGUGGUCUGUGAAGGGAUUUUACAGGAGGUUGAAAAGUGAGAGGGGGUAGGAAGCAAGUGAAUAAAAGAAAGCCAUUGUUUUUGAAGUUUGAUGAACAAACAGAAAAAAUAAGAAUAAAAAGAGGUUUGGUUUUUAAUAUCUCUGUGCCCACAAAAACUCCAGUGAAGGCUGAUGAAGGUUUCAUUUCUCAUGUAUUAUUUUUUUCAGUGGGUGCAGAAAAAGGGAACAUGUUUGUUUUUUUUGUUUUUUUAACCAUUCUGCUCUGUAGUUUACUGUAAGGUAUAAUUGUUACCAAAGGUAAUCCUAUGCAUCUCCAGUUUAAAGGGAUUGUUCACCCAAAAAUUUGAAUUGUUGACAUUUACUCACCCACAUGUUGUUUCAAACCUAUGUAACGUAUUUUCUUACAUGGAAGACAAAAGGAGAUGUUAAUCAGAAUGCUAACCAGUCACAUUUCACUUUCAUUGUAUGGAGAAAAGAUGCAAUGAAAGUGAUUGGUGAGUGAGGUUAACAUUCUGCCUAGCAUCUUUUGUGUUCCCCAGAUAAAAGAAAGCCAUUUGGAACAACAUAAGGGUGAGUAAAUGAUGACAAUUUUCAUUUUUAGGUGAAUUAUCCCUUUAAGCCUUUAUUCCUCACAAAGUGCCUGAAAACUACUGUUUACAUCCUCACUGAAUCAAACUGUCAUCUGUCUGCUAAGUUCUCUCUAUCUGUCUGGUGUUUCACAAGACUGGUGUGUCAUCUGAUACUUCCUGUGGCCUCAAUGACUCUUUUUCAGAAUAUCCAAUCGUUUGCCAUUAGUUUUUUGUCACUGGGUUAAUUUGGUCUAAUUGUUCUGUUUUAUGUACGUAUGUCAAAGUAACCCUGCAUUUACCUUACUGUAUGCUUAAUCUAUAUAUCCAGGCUGACAUUCAUACAUGAUUAUACAAGUAUGUAUUAUUUAAUAUAACAAUAAACCAUUGGUGUGCACUGUUA